GUGACAGAGUGAUAGCCGGUGCGUGCCUUCAUCGCCCUUUAGACACAUCUGAAGCUUUGGGUCGAAUCGUUGGAUUUCAGCAGCGAGUUUGAAUCACGGUUGUGUGUGUGAAACGAUGCUGAUGAACUUGGAAAGUAAUGUGCGAGGAUGCUGAAGCUGCCGGGAAGCCCGCUUUGUUCGGAGCAGCGCAGGGCUUUUGCGCCGCGGUCCUCCCGCAGAUCAUCCCCUGCUGCUUUGUCUUCAGCCGGCCCUCUCUCACCGAGCGUGAGCGGCAGUGUGGUUUGUCAGUGUUGGACUGCGACCACCAGCAGCAGGUCGGCACCAUGAGCCUCUACCGGGCCGGGGCCAGCGGCUGGGCCGCCGGGGGGGCUGUGGGCGGGGCGAGAGAAAGAGGAGGAGCAGAUCAUCACAGAGAGCAGCAGCGGCGGUCCAGUGACCGCUCACGGGACUCCUCCCACGAGAGAGGGGAAAGCCAGCUGACGCCCUGCAUCAGGAACCUCACCUCCCCCACUCGGCAGCAUGACCGUGAACGUGGCGACGGAGGCUCGUCCUCCAGAUCCUCCAGUCCUCGCCCCCCCAGGAGUUCUGUUCCUUAUUCCCACAUUGGAGGGGCCCUGAUGGGGGGACACAUACCUCGGGUCAUUAAGGCGCUGGGUGCGGGGCCCUGCGAUAUGAUCUACGUGUAUGACCUCAGCAGUAAGGAGGGGCAUCGCAGUGUUCUGAGGCUGGCAGAGAGAGUCACUCUCAUCGUGGAUAACACCAGAUUUGUGGUGGAUCCUGCCAUCUUCACCGCUCAACCAAACACCAUGCUCGGCAGGAUGUUUGGUUCUGGGCGGGACAACAACUUCACAAGACCCAAUGAGAAAGGAGAGUUUGAGGUGGCCGAUGGCAUCAGCUCCACCGUCUUCAGAGCCAUUUUGGAUUACUACAAGUCGGGGAUAAUCCGCUGCCCUGACGGCGUUUCCAUUCCCGAGCUGAGGGAGGCAUGUGACUACCUCUGCAUUGCCUUCAACUACAGCACCAUCAAGUGCAGAGACCUCAGCGCCCUGAUGCACGAGCUGUCUAACGACGGGGCCCGGCAUCAGUUUGAGUGUUACCUGGAGGAGAUGGUGCUGCCGCUGAUGGUGGCCAGUGCUCAGAGCGGGGAGAGGGAGUGUCACGUGGUUGUGCUGACCGACGACGACGUGGUGGACUGGGACGAAGAGUACCCCCCCCAGAUGGGAGAGGAGUACUCUCAGAUCAUCUACAGCACCAAGCUGUACCGCUUCUUCAAGUACAUCGAGAACAGAGACGUCGCCAAGUCCGUGCUGAAGGACCGAGGACUGAAGAAGAUCCGGCUGGGCAUAGAAGGUUACCCGACCUACAAAGAGAAGGUGAAGCGGCGUCCCGGCGGUCGUCCAGAGGUCAUCUACAACUACGUCCAGCGGCCCUUCAUCCGCAUGUCCUGGGAGAAGGAGGAGGGCAAGAGCCGCCACGUGGACUUCCAGUGCGUCAAGUCCAAGUCGUCCAGCAACCUGGCAGCCGCCGCCGCAGACAUCCCCCAGGACCCCCCGGGGCCCCAGGUGGACGAACUGGACACUCUGCCCCCGCCCGACCCCCAUCAGCUAGGGCUGGGACAGGACAACAGCCCUCAGCCCGCACAAGGCUGCGAGGACCCCCACCAGCAGGCUCAGGACCCCCACAGCCUGGCCCACAGCCAGCAGCAGGGCAACAGCUUCUCUCAGGACACAUACCACUACGAGCCAGACCCCGACACCCCCUCUCCCUCUGCAUGAGGUCACACUGACAGCAACAAGUGCUUCCACACACACAUACACACACACACACACACACUCACAGCUAACCAGAACUAAACGUCUCUGAUUGUCAGACUACAGUCCCUGCAGCAGCCAAUCAGCACACAGUUCCUAUGCCACAGUUAGCUUCUGUACACUUGUGGCCAUCAGUGAGAAGCCCCCCUCCGAGUGGCAAACACCACUUUGCCUUGUUCAGCAUGCCUGCUGCAGCCUCUCUCAGGCCCAGGGGGAGGAGACGAGCCCAGCAGCACCCCCCACUCAUUUAUUUAUCUGACCAAAGGACUGUGUGUGUGUGUGUGUGUGUGUGUGUGUGUGUGUGUGUGUGUGUGUGUGUGUGUGUGUGUGUGUGUGUGUGUGUGUGUGUGUGUGUGUGUGUGUGUGUGUGUGUGUGUGUGUGUGUGUGUGUGUGUGCAGUCUGCACAGGUCCAUCUCCUCACAGGAUGUCUGAGAGGUUCCACACGAUGUUUUUCUAAUAAAGAUUAUUCACAACACG